UCUCUCUUGUAUGAUUGCCCGCUCCGCUUCUUGCCUUCGCCUCCCAGCUGCAAACCCCACGCGCGUUCUCCCCCAGGCACCAAGAAGAGAACCCCAUCUCCGGAGGGAGGCAGAGCCUAAACCCCAGCCAGAUCCCGCACCGCCAUCCGCGCGCGAGGCGGCGCGACCCCCACCGCGGCCGGACGGCGAGAUCUUCAUCGGCUACCGGCCGGGGAAAGAUUUCUUGCUUCGUUAGCAAGAUCUCAUGGCCGGUGGUUUGGAUUGGAACGUUGCCGCGGUAAUAACCAUUGUUGGCUGGCUGGUGUCGCCCAUCAUCGGCUUUCUCCUGCCCAAGAUCCUCUCCAGGAUUGGGUUUGAGGUGGGCUUGGAGCAGAAGAUCCAGCAUGACCUAGAGUACCGCAUCAUCCCGGAUCUGGAGAAGACGCUGCACGCUGUAGAUACGGAGAGGCUGAUGAAGAGACGGGAAAAAGCGAUGUCCGUUGUGGACAAGCUGGACAAGAUGGCCGCUGGGCUGAGGGAAGCUCGAGAUGAUGCGGAUGACAUCCUCGAUGAUGCUCCGCACAAGAUCGUCGUGGGCGACAUCCUCUACUGGCGGUGCCUGGGGAUUGCACGCAUUAUCCAGAAAGGAUCGGCUCGCCUGCAGAGCCUUUUGUGCCGGUUCCUAGGCAGGCCUGAUCUGGAGACGCUGAAGGCCGACCUGAAGAAGAUUUCAUCGGAGCUGCACGCGCUGCUGACCGACGACGACGAGGCUUUCUACCGACUGAGCCAGGUAGACAGGAUGAGGAUGAUACCAAAGACCUUGCGGGGCAACAUGAUGAAAAUGAUACCGCAGCUCGUGAGGCUGCGGCCAGAAGAGACCGCAGCUAUGGAAUGUGGUUUUCUUAACAUGAUGAAUGCAUGGCUGGUUCCAGCCCAGGAGGAAGAGGACGGCAUCGAUGUUGCUCAGGAGGAAGGGGAAGGCAUCGAUGAUGCUCAGCCGGAGGAGGAAGGCAUCGAGGAGGAAGACAUCGAUGAUGCUCAAUUGGAAGAGGAAGACAUCGAUGGUGCUCAGUUGGAAGAGGAAGACAUCUAUGAUGCUCAAGAGGAAGGGGAAGGCAUCGAUGAUGCUCAGUUGGAAGAGGAAGACACCUGUGAUGCUCAGAAGGAAGGGGAAGACAUCGAUGAUGCUCAGUUGGAAGAGGAAGACAUCUAUGAUGCUCAGAAGGAAGGGGAAGGCAUCCAUGAUGCUCAGGAGGAAGGGGAAGGCAUCGAUGAUGCUCAGGAUGAAGGCGAAGAGAUCGAUGAUGCUCAUGUGGAGGAGGAAGAGAUCGAUGAUGCUCAUGUGGAGGAGGAAGAGGUCGAUCAUGCCCAUGUGGAUGAGGAAGACAUCCAUGAUGCUCAGCCGGAGGAAUGGGAAGGCAUCGAUGAUGCUCAGCCGGAGGAAGGGGAAGGCAUCGAUGAUGCUCAGGAGGAAGGGGAAGGCAUCGAUGGUGCUCGGGCGGAAGACAAUGUUGAUGAUUACACCAAUUGUUUUGAUAAGAUGGUCGAAUUGCUGAGGCGAGCUGAGGAGGAAGACAUCCACGAUGCUCAGCACGACAUCGGGUCCCACGCCAGCAGCUGGCCGCAUCAUCUGUACGGUGCCGUGGAGGCCUGCAUAGCUCGCCGCAAAAGGAGCUGCAUAGGGAUUGCCCGGAGCAGGUCGUCGUCUCGGCUACUGCAGUGGGCACAGAAUUUUUCUCGAUGGUUCCUACGCAGGUCAGAGUACGGUGCACUACCGACAACGACUAUGGAUACUGCAGCACCCUCGGAUUCCUUGGGCAUAUUCAAGACUUGUUGUAUACCACUGUUCCACUUGUUAGUUCAUGUGUAUGAGGUUGCCUGCACUCAUCGAGAUCGGUCCUAUCGUCAGGUGUUUGGCAUCACAAGUAAUUACCAGGAGCAUGCCAACCUGUUAGAUUUUGUCCUUACUGCAAUCUCAAGGCGGAACUUGAGCAAAAGAAAACAGAGAGUAGAAAGAAGCAUCAGUGAAGUGAACGCGUCACCACUGUUAGUUGGGGCAAGCAAGAGCACACUGGAACAGAUUGCCAAUAAGAAUAGGAGUGGAAUUAGAACUGCUACCAAGCGCAAGGUAUUUGGUCUAGAGGACUUGCGUGAUGAUAUAAUAGGAAGGCUCCGUGAGACACCAAACUCGACUAGUACCAGUUCAUGUUACUCUGUGAUUGGCAUAUAUGGUGUUGCAGGGUCUGGGAAGACUACCCUUGCACGAUAUAUUCGAGAUUGCAUAAAGUGCACGGAACUUUUUGACACCAUCAUGUGCCUUCACGUGUCCGAAGCUUUCAGCGUGGAUGCUAUAUUUAAUGAAAUGCUGAAGGAUAUUACCAAAAAUCGGCACUCCUAUAUUUCAGAUCGUGAGGAGCUGGAAGAGAAGCUGAAGAAAUCAUUGCGUGGCAAACGUUUCUUCUUGAUAUUGGAUGAUCUCUGGGUGAAGAACAAGAAUGACCCACAGCUGGUAGAAGUAAUCUCUCCGCUCAGUGUUGGGAUGAAAGGAAGCAAAAUCCUGGUGACGGCUCGAACAAAAGAUGCAGCCAGAGCUCUGUGUGCUGAUGAGCCUAUUAAAAUGCCUGAUUUGGAUGAGGAACAAUACUUUGAGAUGUUUAUGCAUUAUGCAUUGGGUGGAAAAAGUGUUGAUGUUAAAAAAUUUGAACCAGUUGGAAGAGAGAUUGCAAAUAAGCUCCGCCGAUCACCUAUCGCAGCAGCAAUAGUGGCGGGACAGCUUGGGACAAACCCAAGUAUUUUGUUUUGGGAAAAUACUUUAGAGCUUGACAUGUUGAAUGAUACCAUGGAUGCACUUUGGUGGAGCUAUCAGCAGCUUAACCAGGACAUCAGGCGAUGCUUAGAGUACUGCAAUAUUUUCCCCAACAGAUUUAAAAUGGAAAAAAACAUCUUAGUUCACCUCUGGAUAGCGGAAGGGUUGGUGACCGGUUCUGCAAGAGAGGACAUGGAACGUGUAGCUGAGGACUACAUUCAAGGGUUAGUGUCACAUUCCUUUCUGGAAGCAGAAGGAACAGAUUUGUUUUCAGUUCAUGAUCUGUUGCGUGAUUUACUAGACAAGGUUGCUGGAUGUGAUUACUAUAAAAUAUUAAAUGCAAGGAGCCAGAGCGGAGAAAGCUGCAAUGGAGUUGUCAAUCCAGAUGUUCGUCAUCUUUUUGUUCAGAGUUAUGAUGCAGAAUUGAUUACCAAGAAGAUCCUUGGGUUGGAGAAUUUACGCACUCUCAUUAUUGAUUUUGCUGGAAGUGAUGUCGAGGAAAAACUCAUUGAGAGUUUAUGCAAGAGGCUGUCAAAAUUAAGGGUGCUGGCCAUUGCCUUGAGUAAUCGAGACCAUGGUGUAAUCAACUACACCAAGAAGUUCUUGUUCCCAGAAUCUAUUAGACAGUUGAAGCACCUACGCUAUCUUGCCUUCAGAACACUGCACAUGGGGAUGGUCGUUUUACCGAGUGCACUAACUAAGCUAGACCAUAUCCAACUGCUAGAUUUUGGUGACAAUGUAAUUGAAUUUCCUUCUACUGGUGUUAUCAAGUUGCGGCACAUAAUCUGCAGGUAUGACGCGAAAGUUCCUAACAUAGGCAGGUUCAAAUCACUCCAAACAUUGCAAAACUUCCAAGUGAGGAAUGAAGAAGGUUAUGAGGUAAAGCAGCUGAUGGACCUAGACAAGCUUUGCGGUAGUUUGGCGAUCCAUGGCCUUGAAAAUGUAAAAAGCAAAAGGGAAGCUCUUGAAGCCAAUCUAGCUACCAAGAAAUGGCUCAAGGAACUGAAACUAUUUUGGACUGGUGGUUGUACGAGGCGCAGUCCAGAAGUUGAAGAAGAGGUACUUGAGGGCUUGUGCACUUCCGUUGAGCUUGAACGACUUGAGAUAUUUGGAUAUGAAGGCUCAAAGUACCCUGAUUGGAUGGUGGUGAGUAACCAGAGAGGUGACCAAAAGAAACUGCAACGACUAAUGUUCGUGGGAUGCAGCAAUCCAGUAUCAGCUGGUCCUCCUGCACUUGAGGCUUUCCCUCGUCUCCGUUCUUUAUUUAUCUUGCAUUGCAGCUGGGACUCCUUACCAGGCAAUUUGGAGCACCUCACAUCACUCAAGACACUGCUUAUCUUGAACUGCAAAAAUUUAUUGUCGCUCCCAACACUUCCUCAGCAUCUUGAGGAGAUUAUUAUUGAACUAUGCGAUGAGGGGUUCAUGGAGUCUUGUGUGACAGUGGGACAUCCAAACUGGCAAAAGAUUCAGCACAUCCCCAAUAUACACAUCCCCAAUUAAUGGGUUGGCAACCCAGCAACCUUAGAGGAAGACUCGGUGACCCUGAUGGGAUUAUAGUUCAAGAGCUUUAGGCCUCUCCAGAAAAUGAAGCUGCAGAGGGAAUGUGCAGGCAGCAUCCUACCAAGCAAAACUAAAGUCAGGAAAGGCUGCCGGAUGUGUGAGAUCUGUUGUUUCAGUGUGAUGUUCAUCUUGGUAUUUGUUUCUGGACUGUAAUUUUCAGAGCGGACCAGUCCUCCUAAUUUCCUCCCAAUUUCAGAUCGCAGCUGCAGUAGCGAUAUCCAGUGUUAGGAAUUUCAGUAAAACUAUUCACUAUGCUAUUAAGCGUGAGGGGAUUCACUGCUGCAGCUGGGACGCCUUAUCGCUUCAGAAUUCACAAGGACGUUUAUUAGUAUUGUCGUGAUGUGUGUCAAGUUUGUAGUGAUGGUCUUGGAUUGGAUAUGGUAGCUGCUAUUGCUAACUGUAUUUGUAUGUCAAAUAACUGUAUAAUGUAGUGUGCUGCAUCUCUAAUUUAUUACUACGACCUUGUUCCUUGUU